AUGAGCGACAUGGCCGCGCCGGCGGCGGGCAUCAGCGGCAUCAUCGACCCGGAAGUUCUCGACUGCACCAUCUGCUUCGACCCCCUCCAGCCUCCGGUCUUCCAGUGCGCCGUUGGGCAUGUGAUCUGCUCACCCUGCCAAGGCAAACUCAUAAACAAGGAGAACUGCAACACGUGCUCCCUCCCCGGCGGGUACAACCGAUGCUACGCACUCGAAAAAAUCCUGGAGUCCCUCCGCAUCCCUUGCGCCAACGCCGCGUACGGGUGCACCGUGAAGACGCACUAUCACGAGGUGGAGGACCAUGGCAAGUCAUGCCCCCACGCGCCAUGCUUCUGUCCGGAACCUGGCUGCAACUUCGCCGGCUCCACCGUUGCACUCCUGGCUCAUCUUACCGGCGGUCAUAUGUGGCCAUCCACCGAGUUGGAGUACAAUGUUAAGCUCACACUGGAGGUGAAAGCAGGAGUGCAUGUUCUCCACAGGCGAGACAGGAGUCCCUUUUUCCUCGUGAAGUUCACUCCGGCGCCGCCACCUUACGGCAGCGCCGCCUCAGUUUUGUGCGUAGAUCCUGAUGCCACCGCCACCAUGGAGAAGGGGCGCAAGUUCAGGUGCCAACUUGGCUCGAGCAACGUCGACAUGGAUUGGCAGCAAUAUUCGCGUUUCCAGGUCAGGAGCACCACGCUCUCCGACGGGUGGCCACCGACAGAGGACGGCGGUUCCCUAUAUGUUGCACCCAGCACCGAGAGCAUCACUGUCAGUAUCACGAAGAUAAUGCGCGACAUUUGGCCACUGCCUGUACGGACAAACAUCAGGUCACAGCAGCUAGAGCACUUCUGCAAAAGAAAGUCGAGCAACCCUGAUGCGAAGACCUCCAGUCAACCGCGGAUGGGAGAAUCUGCAAAAAAGCAACAUAUCAGUACGAUGUAG